AAGCGGCCGGUCUGCAGUCGGAGACUUGCAGGCAGCAAACACGGUGCGAACGAACAGGAGGGGGGGGCGGGGGAAUAAAAAAAAAAAAAGCUAAGCGUGGAGCAGCCGGCCGGGGACCGAGAAGGAUCGAUGCAAGCAGCGCAAAUAAAAUAAAAUAAAAUCCAAAAAUAAUAAUCAAUACACUUCGGAACAAACAGCAUUUCAAAAGCUACGACUCAAGAUAAUUGAGACCUAAAAUAAAACCUGCUCAUGCACCAUGGUUUUUCAAACUCGGUACCCUUCAUGGAUUAUUUUAUGCUACAUCUGGCUGCUCCGUUUUGCACACACGGGGGAGGCGCAGGCUGCGAAGGAAGUGCUGCUACUGGAUUCUAAGGCGCAGCAAACAGAGUUAGAAUGGAUUUCUUCUCCACCCAGUGGGUGGGAAGAAAUCAGUGGUUUGGAUGAGAACUAUACCCCAAUCCGAACAUACCAGGUGUGCCAAGUCAUGGAGCCUAACCAGAACAACUGGCUGCGGACUAACUGGAUUUCAAAAGGCAAUGCACAAAGGAUUUUUGUAGAAUUGAAAUUCACCCUGAGGGAUUGUAACAGUCUUCCUGGAGUAUUGGGAACUUGCAAAGAAACCUUUAAUUUGUACUAUUAUGAAACAGACUACGAUACUGGCAGGAAUAUAAGAGAAAAUCUUUAUGUAAAAAUAGACACCAUUGCUGCAGAUGAAAGUUUUACCCAAGGUGACCUUGGUGAAAGAAAGAUGAAGCUUAACACUGAGGUGAGAGAGAUUGGACCUUUGUCCAAAAAGGGAUUCUAUCUUGCCUUUCAGGACGUAGGGGCUUGCAUAGCUUUGGUUUCUGUCAAAGUAUACUACAAGAAGUGCUGGUCCAUUAUUGAGAACUUAGCUAUCUUUCCAGAUACCGUGACUGGUUCAGAAUUUUCCUCCCUAGUCGAGGUUCGAGGGACAUGCGUCAGCAGUGCAGAGGAAGAAGCGGAGAAUUCCCCCAGGAUGCACUGUAGUGCCGAAGGAGAGUGGUUAGUGCCCAUUGGAAAGUGUAUCUGCAAAGCAGGCUACCAGCAAAAAGGGGACACUUGUGAACCUUGUGGCCGUGGUUUCUACAAAUCUUCCUCACAAGAUCUUCAGUGCUCUCGUUGUCCAACUCACAGUUUUUCUGAUAAAGAAGGUUCCUCACGAUGUGAAUGUGAAGAUGGGUAUUAUAGGGCUCCAUCAGACCCACCGUAUGUUGCGUGCACAAGGCCUCCAUCUGCACCACAGAACCUCAUUUUUAACAUCAAUCAAACCACAGUAAGUUUGGAAUGGAGUCCUCCUGCAGACAAUGGGGGAAGAAACGAUGUCACCUACAGAAUUCUAUGUAAGCGAUGCAGUUGGGAGCAGGGCGAAUGUGUUCCCUGUGGGAGUAACAUUGGAUACAUGCCCCAGCAGAGUGGAUUAGAGGAUAACUAUGUCACGGUCAUGGACCUGCUAGCCCAUGCUAAUUACACUUUUGAAGUGGAAGCUGUAAAUGGAGUUUCUGACUUAAGCCGAUCCCAGAGGCUCUUUGCGGCCGUCAGUAUCACCACUGGUCAAGCAGCUCCCUCGCAAGUGAGCGGAGUAAUGAAGGAGAGAGUGCUGCAGCGGAGUGUGGAGCUUUCCUGGCAGGAACCAGAGCAUCCCAAUGGAGUCAUCACCGAAUAUGAAAUCAAGUAUUACGAGAAAGAUCAAAGGGAAAGGACCUAUUCAACAUUAAAAACGAAGUCCACUUCAGCAUCCAUCAAUAACCUGAAACCAGGCACAGUGUAUGUUUUCCAGAUCCGGGCUUUUACUGCCGCUGGUUAUGGAAAUUACAGUCCCAGACUUGAUGUUGCUACUCUGGAGGAAGCUACAGGUAAAAUGUUUGAAGCCACAGCUGUCUCCAGUGAACAGAAUCCUGUGAUUAUCAUUGCUGUGGUUGCUGUGGCAGGAACCAUCAUCCUGGUGUUCAUGGUUUUUGGAUUCAUCAUUGGAAGAAGGCAUUGUGGUUAUAGCAAAGCUGACCAAGAAGGGGAUGAAGAACUUUACUUUCAUUUUAAAUUUCCAGGCACCAAAACCUACAUUGACCCUGAAACCUAUGAAGACCCAAAUAGAGCUGUCCAUCAAUUCGCCAAGGAGCUAGAUGCCUCCUGUAUUAAAAUUGAACGUGUGAUUGGUGCAGGAGAGUUUGGAGAAGUCUGCAGCGGCCGUUUAAAACUUCCAGGCAAAAGAGAUGUUGCUGUGGCCAUAAAAACCCUGAAAGUUGGUUACACGGAAAAGCAAAGGAGAGACUUUCUGUGUGAAGCAAGCAUCAUGGGCCAGUUUGAUCAUCCAAAUGUUGUUCAUUUGGAAGGAGUUGUUACAAGAGGGAAACCAGUCAUGAUUGUAAUAGAAUUCAUGGAAAAUGGAGCCCUAGAUGCAUUUCUCAGGAAACAUGAUGGUCAGUUUACAGUCAUUCAAUUAGUAGGAAUGCUGAGAGGAAUCGCUGCUGGAAUGAGAUAUUUAGCUGACAUGGGAUAUGUUCACAGAGACCUUGCAGCUCGCAAUAUUCUUGUCAACAGCAAUCUUGUGUGUAAAGUGUCAGAUUUUGGUCUGUCCCGGGUCAUAGAGGAUGAUCCAGAAGCUGUCUACACAACCACUGGUGGAAAAAUUCCAGUAAGAUGGACAGCACCUGAAGCCAUCCAGUAUCGAAAAUUCACAUCAGCCAGUGAUGUAUGGAGCUAUGGAAUAGUAAUGUGGGAAGUUAUGUCUUAUGGAGAACGGCCUUACUGGGACAUGUCAAAUCAAGAUGUUAUAAAAGCAAUAGAAGAAGGUUAUCGCUUACCAGCCCCGAUGGACUGCCCAGCUGGUCUUCACCAGCUAAUGCUGGAUUGUUGGCAGAAGGAACGUGCAGAAAGGCCAAAGUUUGAACAGAUAGUCGGAAUUCUAGACAAAAUGAUUAGGAAUCCAAAUAGUCUGAAAACACCCUUGGGAACUUGUAGCAGGCCAAUAAGCCCUCUUCUGGAUCAAAAUACUCCCGAUUUCACUACCUUUUGUUCAGUUGGAGAAUGGCUACAAGCUAUUAAGAUGGAAAGAUAUAAAGAUAACUUCACAGCGGCUGGCUACAACUCCCUUGAAUCCGUGGCCCGGAUGACUAUCGAGGAUGUGAUGAGUUUGGGGAUUUCGCUCGUUGGCCAUCAAAAGAAAAUCAUGAGCAGCAUUCAGACUAUGAGGGCACAAAUGCUACAUUUACAUGGAACUGGCAUUCAAGUAUGAUAAGCAUUUCUCCCUCAGAAGGAAGAUCACAGACUGGGGAGGACAUGCUGGCCUUCAGUGUGCGCUUAGAAUGCUGCUAGAAGACGGUUGGCAUCCUGCGUCCUUCCUACGUGAAGAUUGAAGAAGCACCACAGACUUGAACUCCUAAGUGCCACCAGAAUAUAUAAAAAGGGAAUUUAGGAUCCACCACCGGUGGCCAGGAAAGACAGCAGUGACAAUAAACAAAGUACUACCUGAAAAACAUCCAAACACCUUGAGCUCUCUCUAACCUCCUUUUUAUCUUAUAGACUUUUUAAAAUGUACAUAAAGAAUUUAAGAAAGAAUAUAUUUGUCGAAUAAAAUCAUGAUCUUAUUGUUAAAAAUCAAUGAAAUAUUUUCCUUAAAUAUGUGAUUUCAGACUAUUCCUUUUUAAAAUCAUUUGUGUUUAUUCUUCAUAAGGACCUUGUUUUAGAAAGUUGUUUAUAGUUUUGGGCCUUUUUAGUGUUGAAUCUAUCACAUAUUAUUAUACUACACUGGGUACCUUUGAAAGAAUCUCAAAUUUAAAAAAAAAAAUGAUAGCAUGGUUGAAGAUAUAUCUCCGUCAGGACAUUGGUAUCCUUUUUGUGCCAUUUUUUCCUUUCUGUUUAAUCAGUGCUGUUUUGAUAUUGUUUGCUAAUUGGCAGGUAGUCAAGAAAAAGGCAAGUUGCCAAGAGCUCUGAUAUUUUUUAAAGAGAAGUUUUUUUGUAAGAUCAGACAGACAACACACUAUCUUUUCAAUGAAAAAAAAAGCAAUAAUGAUCCAUAAAUACUAUAAGGCACUUUUAACAGAUUGUUUAUAGAGUGAUUUUAUUAGACAGAAUUUAAUAAAAAGAAUUCAAAUUUUAGGUUUAAGACUAUGUAAUGAAAAGAGAUACAGCACUUCAUCUAAAGUGUUGGUGAAGGCAAACCUCUGACAGUAGCAACCAUCCAGUGUUACUUAAAGCUUAAUGUGAGCACAUCAAGAUGUUUUCAGCCUUGUAACGUUAGGAAAUUUAGGAGAAGCAGUUAACAUAUAUUUUAUAUCCUUUUUAAUGCAGUCCAAAUAUGAAAGGAAAUCAUUUUUAUAUUCGAACUCCAAACAUGAUGCAAGGGGCAGUUCACAAUUUUCAUGACCCAACAAAGAUUUUUGCUGCACCGAAUAUCAUUGCAGUUCAAAACAAAAAUGUAUUUUAUUUGUGAACACAGAUGCAAGAAACUUGUUAAAUGAAACAGCUCUUUUAACCCCAGAAAAAAGAAGUGGUCUGACUUUUUUUUAGCUUUAUUUAUUAAAUCAUAUUAUUUGAUUACUAUGUUAGAAUUUCAUGAGCAAUAAUUAAAUGUGUCUUUAUAGAUAUUUCAGGAAUGUAUACAUAUUAUGAAUAAUGCUUUCCAGAAAAUCAUGAACUACCCCAGAAAUGAACUGUUGUACUUCCAAAGAGAAUUGGGCUGUUUAUAAUGAUUUUAAUAGAGAAAGAUCCCAGGGAUCGGUCAUAAUUGGUCUUCUUUGAUCGUGUGGACAUCCACAAACAAGCAAACAAAUAACAGAAACAAAAUCUGUAAAUGUUCCUUUGUAAAACUUGUAAAUUUUAUUUAUACUGUCUUGUUUUGUACACACAUUUCUCUGUAGUGAGCUCUGGAUACAUUGAAAAUGCACUAUAUUUUUCUAUUUUCCUUACAGAGCAUCACAAAAGAACAGGUAUUUUCAGUGCUACAUAAUGUGUUUUCCCACAUUUAGGACCAAAGAUGGCUAUAGAAAAACUCAAAUGGAUUGCUUCCCAAACCCCUCCCCAACCCUUUUUUUCUUUUAAAUCACUGUACAGUGUUAUUUGAUAUUUUAAUUUAUUUUUGACUGAUUAGAAAAGAAUCAUUUUAAUUUCACUAAAAUGUUUUUGUCCCUAUGGAAAAAUAAUCUGUAAAAUAAUUUUAAUUAGCAUAACACAGUCACCUAGACACUUCCAUUUGUAAUCUUUGUAAUAGACUGUAAAUAUAUUUUUGGAACUAUAA